GAUAAUUAGAAAAUAAAAAUAAAAAUAAAAUUUAGAAGAAUGAAUCCAAUUACUAGCAAUAUUAUAAUAUUAUAUGGUGGGAAAACAGGAUGGAUUGGUAAAAAAAUGUAUGAAUUAAUGAAAGAAAAGAGUAUUGAUGUUUAUGUUUCAAGCUGUAGAUUAGAAAAUAGGGAAGAGAUAUUAAAGGAACUAGACUCAAUAAAACCAAUUUCAGUAAUUAAUUGCGCAGGUGUUACUGGUAGACCCAAUGUCGAUUGGUGUGAAGAUAAUAAACAAGAAACUAUAAGGUAGGAAAAUUAAAUUUCAAAAUAUCUUAAUUACUUAUUUUUUAUUAUUAACUUAAUAUUUAUAGAUCAAAUGUAAUAGGUACAUUAAAUCUAAUAGAUUGUUGUUAUUUAAAAAACAUUCAUAUUACAAAUUUUGCAACAGGUUGUGUAUAUAAAUAUGAUGAUAAGCAUCCAGUUAAUAGUGGUAUAGGGUUUACCGAAGAGGAGGAAUUUAAUUAUUUUGACUCACAUUAUAGCGUCACUAAACAAAUGGUUGAAAAGUUAUCAAAGCACUAUCCAAAUACUUUAACAUUACGUUUAAGAAUGCCAAUAUCAGAAUCAUUGGAAGAACCUAGAAACUUUAUUACAAAAAUCAAAAACUACAAGCGUGUUGUAAAUAUACCAAAUAGUUGUACUGUGCUACCCGAUUUAUUACCAGUUGCUUUGGAUAUGACAUUAAAACAAUUAAAAGGUAUUUUCAAUUUCGUUAAUCCAGGUGUUAUCAGUCAUAACGAGGUCUUAAAUCUUUAUAUCCAAUAUAUAGAUCCACAAUUUGUUUAUGAAAACUUUACUGAAGAAGAACAAUCUAAAAUAUUAAAAUGUGGUAGAAGUAAUAACCAUUUGGAUACAUCCAAAUUAGAAAGAAUUUAUCCAGACCUACCCCAUAUCAAAAACUCGAUAGAGUUAAUUUUUAAAAAUAUAAACAAUAAUAAAUAAAUUUAUUUCAUUUUUUCUUUUUAUUUUCAUAUAUC